AUGCCCCCCUUCGUACUGCCGUAUGACGAGUCUUUGCGAGGAUGGUGGCUAUACAACCAGGAGCUUUGGGACGGCACUGCGGAGACAAUUCAAUCACUGGCUGAUGUACUCUUGCAAAGGGCCACUUUUGAGCCAGUGGGUCUUGAUGAAAGUUUGGCCUUCGUGAUGGAGGAAUGGUCCAAAGGCUAUGAUGCAGUGCUGGGAUUCUCCCAGGGCGCGGUUGUCGCAGCAGCUCUUUGUGCGAAACUGCAGCGGAACGGUUGCCCACCACGCUUUGCUAUCCUGAUUUCAGGAUUUGGAAAGCCCAUACCGCAAGGAGGUCACUUUGUUCCCCAAAAGGCCGCAGAUCUGAACUUCAUUGCUGCCUUUCUCCAAGAGAUGCAGCCAGCCAUGGCUGUCGGCGCACCGAGCGAGCGCGGCGACCGAGUCGCCUCCGCGGACGCCGAGGAGGCUUCGGCGGCGGCGGCUCGCUCCGUGGGAGGAUUCGAGGAACUUCGCCAAGCGUUGCGGCGGUACCUCGCUCCAUCGGUGGCUCUGAACAUGGACGGAAACGGAAAGACAGAGAGGUGGACUGGCUACGAAGCAGCCGAACUGGAAGCACCAGGACCUGGAACUUAUGAGAGGUUGCUCGCUUUGCUGAAAGGUAUGGAGUUUCUCUCCAUGCAGCAUGGGCCCUGCCGCACCUCCGAGGAUGCCGUGCAGGAGGUGAUCGAAGUCACAGGCUGUUUGCCCGGAGCUGUUCCACCCAUCGCGGCUUUCCCAAAAGAGGCACGUCAUGGCGCUUCGAAUGGGGUCGAGGGGGGGCGGCGUGUGUGGUAG